UUUCUUUUCCUCAUUCAGAAGCACACAUUAUAGCAUGCUUGUUAUUAUACCAUUCAGCGUUAACUCCGCCCGCUGCUUGUGUGAGGUCACGUUUCCACCUCCUUUUUCCUCCGUUUGGCAGUUUGCUGCGAACACUCUGCUGACUUGCUGCUGACAUUGAACUUGCUGCUGCUUUCAGGAAAUCCUAAAUAAGAAAAAAGCUUAUUAAGAGAAAUUACAAAGACAAAGGUCCACGUACUUUGUGGUAAUUGCUUUUCUCGCCUGUGACGUUCUCACUCGUUGAGAACAUGUGAGUCUGGAUAUUAAAUUAUGAGGGGUUUAUUUUUCUCUGAAGAACAUUUUCUGACCAGCAGAAACUGAAGCUGAAACAUCUGUGGAACGUGUCCACUCCUUGGCCGGAAGACAGAUUUUCUUCUUCAGACACACAACUCUGAACAAAAACAGAAUCAGCCCAAGAAUAUUGUUUCUGAUGUCGAUGCAAGAAAGUUUUUAAAGAAUCGCUGAGCGACACUGAUGGCACUUUUGAAGGGUGAACUUCCAAAACCACACAGCGGCUGAACACAGAGGACAUGAUGAACGUCACAGCCACAGCAAUGUCAGCCACGCCAAAUGCUACAACUACACAGUGUGUUGCUAUUGGUUCGAAUCCUAUCAGCGAUUUCCUGAUGGCUGUUUACAUCCUGGCUUUUGUCUUCGGCUUGACCUUCAAUGUGCUGACUUUGUAUCCAAUAUACCAGCAAGUAAAGCAGCAGAACGUUUUAGGGAUCUUCCUGCUCAACCUGUCAAUAUCUGACUUGCUAUUCGUCUUCACCAUGCCCCUUUGGAUAAAUUAUUACCGAUGGGACCAUCAAUGGAAACUAGGUGUGACGUCCUGCAGUAUCGCGGGAUUCUUCUACUACUCCAACAUGUACAUCAGCAUUUAUCUGCUGUGUUGCAUCUCUGUGGACCGCUGCCUGGUGGUCUGUUACCCACUCCGCUUCAAGCCCCAUCGUACAUCUCGAUACGCAUGGGUCCAAUGUGCCGUAGUUUAUGCUUUGGUUACAGCCAUACACAUAUUCAUUCUGAUUAAUGACGACUUAGCAGAUGCUCAUGAUGACACAGACAACAGUGACCGUUGUUAUGAGACCUACCCUCUGAAGCCCAAGGUGGCCUUGUAUAAUGUGAUCAGAGUGGGAUUCGGCUUCAUACUCCCACUGCUCGUGUUGGGAGUGAGCUACUGGAGGGUGCUGGCCACUGUGGGGAAAAGUCCCGGCCUGAGUGCCGCAGCUAAGAGGAAAGUUCGUCUGCUAUCCUAUGGAGUAAUUUGCAUCUUCUCAAUUUGUUUUGCUCCCUAUCACAUCCUCCUCUUUGUGCGCUCGCUUGUCCGUUUCUCAUACGAAGAUAAACUUCACUGUGGUUUUGAAAGAAACAUGCACUUCCCCUUCUCCAGCACUCUGGCGCUGUCCAGUCUGAACUGUGUCGUGGAUCCUGUGCUGUAUGUUCUGGUCAGUAAUGGCGUAAGAGAUAAACUGAAACUUUGCUGUGGACGUCAUGAACAGAAAGGGACGGAGGACUUCAGGCUGACUCAGUAUAAAAAAGAAUCAUCUAGUAAUGAUAUUGCCUUGAUAUGAAGGGAGGGCUGACUGUGAUGUGUUAUUUGUUUGUAUGUAUGUAUGUACAAUAUGUAUUAGCCCUUACGACCUCAAUUACAGUGACUUAAAACUACUCAUUCCUGUGACACAGGAUGGGCGAUUGUGAUGCGAAGAAACACAAUCUGUUUCUGUUUUUUUUCAGAAACAUGUUCUCUCAUUUAUGUGACAUGUGAACCAGUUUAAUUCAACUGAAAAACCUGCAAAGGGGAAAACAGAAAAUAGCACCAAUAGCUAUAUAAAGGUGCACCAUUAUUACCUCUUAGUGUACAUUUAACCUUCCUGUACAUUUUUUAUCAAUUGCAGCUAAUCUGAUUAACCUGAAGCUCAGAAAUUGUAACUUUUCUUUUUUUUUUUUUCUUCAGAACUGAGUAGCAGGCUUCCCAGAGGAAUCUAUUCUAGCAUCAUGACCCCAAGUUUAACAUAGUAAUCACUUACUAUGUUAAAUAGUAAGUGAUUACUAUUAAAAUCUGUUGGAUUAUCUGGGAGGGUUGUGAAAAAAGUUCUGGUAGAUUUUGAGGCAGAAUAAGCAAAUAUUGGUUUGACAAGGAGUGUUAAGUCUUAAUGCAAAGAUCACCAGGCUGGUGUGGUUUGAUGUUUAGUAAAAUGUUAUUAUUUAUUUAUUUUUUUAAAUUUUUUUACUUAAACUGAGAAAGUUGAACAUAAUAAAUGUGCCAGUACAUUUGAAACAAAAGUUAGGAAAUGUUUCAAUGACUAACUUCAAAAAUGUCCUGAACUUUUACCAAGUGUGUGGACGUCUAGGGGUCUGUGAGAUGUUUGUGUCUCAGUCUUCAGUAUUUGCAGUGCAGUCUUUUGGCUUACUUGCUCCCGAGGCCUCUCUAUGUGUCAGACAAUUGUUGUUACACGCUUACAAUGAACCAGUCUUUUUAUUUUAUUUUCAUUCUGUGCAUUUUGCACCAUGCAGUUCUUGAAGUGUAAAUAAAAUCAUGCAUGCAAUUUCCGCCACAAAUUAACAUCAAAACUCUUAAACUUUGGAGAGCUGUUGCAGUGGAAAAAAAUGAAAAUAAACCUCUGGUUUGAACAAG